GCUCCGGCCGGCGGCGGGAUAAACACCUGAACUUCGCUGAACUGCGAGGCGGAGACGCGGGUGGUGGGGCGGACGAGGCCGGCUUCUCGGCGGACAGCAAGGGCAGCGUUUCUGGGGUGUCAGCCAGAACAUGUCUUCCAACCUGAAAUCGGCAAAGGAGUUUCUUGUUUUCUUGGGAAAGUCACUGUUGAGCAUUCUGGAGAGUAUGAUUUUAGCCAUAAUCCCAAGGCCGCGAAAGAAUGUCGCUGGUGAGAUCGUCCUCAUAACAGGUGCCGGCAGUGGACUUGGAAGGCUCCUAGCCUUGCAGUUUGCCCGCCUGGGCUCUGUGCUUGUUCUCUGGGAUGUCAACAAGGAGGGGAAUGAGGAGACAUGCCAAAUGGCUCUGAAUGCUGGAGCCACAAAAGUACACGCCUAUACCUGUGACUGCAGCCAGAGGGAAGAAGUAUAUAGAGUGGCUGAUCAGGUUAAAAAAGAGGUUGGCGAUGUUUCCAUCCUAAUCAACAAUGCCGGAAUCGUAACAGGCAAAACCUUCCUCGAAUGCCCAGAUGAGCAUAUGGAAAAGUCAUUUGAUGUGAAUUUCAAAGCACAUUUGUGGACUUAUAAAGCCUUUCUACCUGCUAUGAUUGCUAAUAACCAUGGACAUUUGGUUUGCAUUUCAAGUUCAGCUGGAUUAGUUGGAGUAAAUGGGCUAGCAGAUUAUUGUGCAAGUAAAUUUGCAGCUUUCGGUUUUGCAGAAUCUGUAUUUAUAGAGACUUUUGCCCAAAACCAAGAGGGGAUCAAAACCACAAUUGUAUGCCCAUUUUUUAUAAAAACUGGAAUGUUUGAAGGUUGUGCUACUAGGUGUCCUACUCUGUUGCCAAUUCUGGAACCAGAAUAUGCAGUCAGAAAAAUAGUAGAUGCUAUUCUGCAAGAAAGAGUGUACUUAUAUAUGCCAAAGUUUUUAUACUUCAUGAUGUUUUUAAAAAGUUUCUUGCCCAUCAAGACGGGACUGCUUAUAUGUGACUACAUGGGCAUCUUCCAUGUAAUGGAUGGCUUCACUGGCCAAAAGAAGAAAGCCUAAAGAGAAACUCCAUGGCUGAUGUCAUCUGAUACCUAACAUUAUUUAAUGCUUAUAUCAAAGAAGAAAAGUACUUUUUUCUGGCAAUAGAAUACAUCUGGAGACCACAAGCACCAUUUGAAUUCUGCUAUCUGGACUAGAAAGUUUAACCACUGUCUGAAAAUGAUGUUGCUGUCUCCUUUUCUGUUGAGUUUUGGUUUUGGCUUGUUUGUUUUCAAAACUAAAGACAGACAGCUCGGUUUUGUUGUUUUCAUUUGCAAC